AUGGCUGAAUAAACCCAAGACAAACAAUUCAAAGGAGUUAAGAAGUUUACUUAUAGAGGUCUCUAACUUGAAGAGCUUGUUAAACUCCCUAUGGAUAAAUUGGUUGAAUAAUUUAGAGCUAGAUAGAGAAGAAGAAUCUCAAAUCAAGGAGAAAAAGUACAUGNUGUAAAAUCCAUCAGCAAUUUAAGCAAAUAUUUUGAAUAAUCAAUAAUAAAUGGACUUAUAAAUGUAAAUUAAUUAAACACCUAAUGGUUUAGAUAGUGAUUUUAUAACCAAUAUAAAAAAAACAGUUAAUAUAUUAGGUGGAAUAGAAGACACAGUUUAAAGUAUAUAUUAAUGAACAUAUAAAGUCAUGAAAUAAUCUUUAUAAGAUUAUGAAUUACAACAUUAGAUUGAGAGAAAGAUAGAAAAAUAACCAAUCUUUAAAAACUCAACUUUGAUGAAUCCAUAAAAGAAUACUUAAUCAUAAAUUAAUCAAUAAUAAUAUCAUCCUUUUGAAAGAUAUAUGGCAACAGAACCAUUAUAAAUAGUAUAAUAAUCAUAAAAGUUAAGGGAAUCAAAAUUAUAGCAAAACACCCAUAAAUGA